AUGCGUGUGGGCGACGCUUUUAAAACUUACGCGGAUUUUGAAGAGGCUUUAAGUCAAUAUAAAAAGUCAACAUUCGUUGACUUUUAUAUCAAAGAUUCAAAAACUGCGAAAUCACAAAUUAGACGGUACCCGAAACUGGCCAAUUCUUCUGAACAAUUGAAGUACUAUUAUGUAAAACUUGCAUGUGUUCAUGGCGGAUCUUAUAGGAAAAAAAAUUCUUGCCAAGAUCUGCGUAGUACUUCAUCAAUGCGACAGGGUUGUGAAGCGUAUAUUUAUCUAAUUGCCAAUGCAAAAGGGGAUGCGUUGGAAUUAACUCGUAUGAAUGACGAACAUAAUCACGAGAAGUCGGAGACAUUAUUUUCUCAUCUCCCAAAUCAGCGAAGAGUCACCCCUCAAGAGAAAAUGGAAGUGUUGGAAUUAAUGAAGUUGAAGGCCAAUAAGAAGUUAAUUCAGCACAAAAUGCAAACGAAGACCGGUAAAGUCAUAAAUCUCAAAGAUAUUGCCAAUAUAUAUACCACAGGAAAAACACCAAGCCACAACAGUUUGAGUGAAAUUGUCGAGCAGUUGCAAAAUACGUAUAAUUGUACUGUUGAAAUAUCAGCUGAUAGCGAUCAAAAUUUGAUUGGUCUGUUUAUCCAGGAUAAAAUAAUGCAGAAUACAUUUAAAGCAUUUCCUGAGGUAGUAUUUGCAGAUGCAACGUAUAAAUUAAAUAAUUUACGAAUUCCAUUGUAUGUAAUGAUGGUGGAAGAUGGCAAUGGACAAAGCGAAGUAGUAGCUCUAGGGCUCAUGACAAAUGAAGAAAAAGAGACGUUACGUUGUAAUAUAGAUAUUGGUUCCGACAACUCCAUUUUGUGUGAUAGUUGCUUACUUUGGUAUCACACAAAAUGUGAGAAAAAACUUGCAUCCAAAGAAAAAAAUAGUGCUUGGUUUUGUUCAAAGUGUAUAAAUGUAUGUAAUAAAUAA